CAUUCACUAUCUGUUUGGCUGUAGUCUUCGCUGGUCAUCGUUGAAUAGCCAGUCGUUAUGUAAAGCGCAGAAUUCUACUCCACAUUUGAAGUGCACAGUUGGAGUGCGUCUCUCGGCGAGACGAGAAGUGAUUUUCAACAUGAAAGCGAUCAUCGCCGUAUGUGCGUUCGCUGUGCUGCUUCUGCUGGUCAGCAAAGCGGAAGGCGUAAACCUGGUGGCGUACAUUUCGCACCGAGGACUUCACGGAGAAAUCAGCUUCUCGCAGCACGACGAGCGGCAAGUGUUAAUUGCUUCCGAGCUCGAGACGACGCUACAGUACCCGGACCAGGCAUGGAGCUGGGCCGUCCAUCAACUGCCCGUCGAUUAUACCGUCAUCGAUCCGCGGGAUCGCUGCGACAUUGCGCGGCUGGGCGAACAACUGUGGUCGUUCGAUGAUGACCUUGGUUAUUUGAUGCUGCCGGGCAAUGAGUCAACCAGUUGGUUGAACACCAUUUCCCUCACCGGUGAGAAGGGCCUUUGGGGUAAAUCGUUGGUGCUGCACGAUCCGAACGCAAAUGUGCGCAUCUGCGCAACGAUCACGACUCGCGAUGGCUCCGAGGAUCAUUUGGCCGAGGCACGCUUCACCAGCCCGAUAACGGGCUCCAUCUACUUCCGUUGGCUGGCGGCCAAAGAGACGAACCACUCGGACACACUCAUCUACUCCAAUCUGUUCCACAUCCGCGAUCAGUCUCGCAAAAUGGGUGAUCCCGAGUCAACCGAGCAUGCCUGGAAGAUCUACGUGACGGACAUUUUCGAGAGUGAUGCCCAGAAUGCGGAAGAUAACUGCAACAAACUGCAGCUUGUGUUUGAUCCACAGAACCGCGGGGUGGACAAGGCAAUCGGUGACAUCGAUAGCCGGGUUGGGCCACUCCGGAUAAGCACCAGCUCGCAGCGAAGAAAGUUUCCGCAGUUGUUUAACGACCGGCAGCUGGUGCUACUGCCGAGCGAUUUGUACGGACCGUCGCGAAAGCUGUACGUGGUGGUGUUCGAUCCCAGUCACCCCGAUACGUUUCUGGCUUGUGCUAAAAUCCGGCACCACAAACCACUGACCGCACGGGCCCUGGUGGAUGGAGGUGGAAUGCGUGGGGAGAUACGGUUCACGCAGCGGUCACGCUUCGAACCGACUUGGAUCCAUGCCAACUUUGCGUCCACCGCCAACGAUACGUUCGGUAACGAGAACUACGCCAAAGAUGUCGCUAGCUUCAGUGUGAACCAACUGCCGCUGCAGGCAUACGCGGCCCCAAAUCCGGACUACUGCCGCACGUCCGGUGAAACCUUCAAUCCGGCUAGCGUUCCGCAACCAUCGAUACCACCGGCCGGGUAUGGGACGCAGGAUCAGUAUCCGAUUGGUGAUCUCAGUGGGAAGCUGUUGAAUCGGAAUAAAAAGGAACCACAUGCUCCGUUCCUUCCGGGUCAGAGUGCGGAACUAUCGGGGCUGUACUGGGACACGUUCCUGCCGCUGCAGGGACCACACUCGAUCCUUCAUCGUACCUUCACCGUACACCGGUACAACCGGACGCAACCCACGAACGUAACGGAAAUGCCAUGGGCUUGCGGAACGAUUGCGUUGUAUGAAACGAAUCGACCGUACCAAGUGCCGAUCCUUUCGGCGCAAGUGCUGUUCCGGUAUCCGAUCGUCGGUCGUAUUCUGUUCCGUCAGCCAAAGGAUGAACCGUGGGCCGAUACGGCCGUCAUCUUCGAGUACCUGAUUCAUGCCGAUGGAUCGACGAUCAACAACACGGCCAACCAUCGGUGGGCCAUCACUAACGAGCCACCGGGGAAAGAUUUUUACGAUUGGCAGAACCGCUGUGUUAGCACCGGACCCGUCUACAAUCCGUUCAAGGCGGCCGCCUUGAUGGGCAAACAGUGGGAUGAGGUUUGUACUGGACGAUCGCAUGAGCUGUGUCGGUUGGGUGAUCUCUCGAAUCGCUUGGGACUGCUCGACAUCGCUGGUAAUAAGGGGGAAGCGUCGCAGAUCAGUCGUAAGAUGUUUGUGGAUCAGAAUCUUCCGCUGAGUGGAAGCUCGAGCAUUAUUGGACGAUCCGUUGUGAUAUUUGACGAUAAUGGACCGAAGGCCCGUGGCGAGCGGUUAGCAUGCUCGGUAGUUGGAGGCUAUCAUCGAAGGAAGGCUGUCGCCAGAGAUUGGUACUCGAACGGUGAUCCACUGACGAUCAAGGGCAAAAUGGAAAUGGUCCAACAAUCGGAGUACGAUCUUACCAACGUUGAGGUUGAUUUUAAGGGUUUGGACAAGAACAGCGGCUAUCAUGUGCACGUAGCUCCCGUUGAAGGUGAUCUGGAGUUCCCGUGUGAAGAUUCCACAGUUUAUGGACACUGGAAUCCGCGUGAAGUCGACCCGAAGAGAUCCCCUCAGCCAGCGCUUGGUAGUACGGAUCAGUACGAGAUCGGUGAUCUGAGUGGCAAGUUUGGAACGCUGGAUGGUGUCACGAUGUACGAGCAGGCGUACAACGACACGCGAUUGCCACUGUUUGGGUACGAGAGUGUUAUCGGUCGCUCGAUUGUGGUGCAUAAGAAGGAGAAGUCACGGCGAUGGGCUUGCAGUACGCUGGAAAGGGGUUACAGUCCGAGUGAGGCGCGUGAAAUUCGUGCAAUCGCUUCGUUCCACCAUCCGGCGGGGUACGCUUACGGGUACAUACGCUUCACGCAGCUCAUCGGUAAUGAUAACAGUCAGAGUGAUACAAUCAUCGAGGUGAAGCUGCGUUAUCCUGGAAAGCAUGACCGUAACGUGACCCACAAUCACAGCUGGAACAUAUGGGUUAACCCGGUCGGAGUGGAUGCUACGGUGCCGCAGGUCGAGACAAGGUGUGUGGCCGCAGGAUACGUGUGGAACCCUUACUAUACUCAGCUGGCCGAUCCGUUGAACCACGACCUGUAUCGAAGGGAAUGCGGUCCCGAUAAUCCUCUCCGGUGCUACGUUGGCGAUGUGUCCGCUCGCCUAGGACCGAUCUCGAUCGGAAGCCGACGACAGGUGUUUACGGAUAGCAACUUCCCGCUGGAAGGCACCGUGAGUGCGUUGGGCCGAUCGAUCGUCAUUUUUGGGCCAGAUUUCUCUGGUCAUCGAUUCGCUUGCGCUAACAUCGAACCCGAUCAUGAUAUCGUAAAGUACAUCAACCUCAAGAAACCUCCGCGUUUCGUGGUGGCACAGUUCCUGGAGGAUGUGCGCCACGUGAUGGGACUGCCGGAGUGGAUGUUGGCGAUCGACUCGCGGAACACCAAGCCGCUACACAAUGAUGCCUGCAUUCAAAUUCUCAUUCACUUCAAGGGUCCCAGUGCGCAUAAGAUAGAGCAGGAUUUUUCCCGUCUGCUGGCAGUGGGUCGGCUGGAUUCACCGAGUAUCUACAUUCCGGGGUAUGAUAACAGCAAGCGUAAGCGUACCCUGUCCUACCGGACCUGCGGUGUGCGCGAUCCGAACGAAAAGAACGUGAAGGUCCUGUUUGGCAGUGGGGCAGGGCGGAAGCAGAUCGGUGGCACCGGAAUACUCAUUUCAUUGUUCUGUUUGUUGACGUUACCAACGUUUGAUAUUAUACGGCGCUUUAUUCAUUAGACAGGGAAAGCGGCUUUGAAACGUGAUUAGAUUAGGUUCCUAUAGACAGGGCACGUGUGUUAGAUACGGAAAACCGUCCCUCUUUAGAGAGUAGGGAAUGAAUAAAAACCAUGAAUCAGAUUCAUCACAUAAAAAGCAUUAUUUGAAGAACUAAAUGAACUGGUUUUAGCCGAAUUCAUUGAUGCAGCUGCUCUAUGAACGCGUACCAACGUGGGUUCAAAUCCCUCGAUUAGAAAGUACUCCUUCCGGUUGUCUCAU